ACAAAAAGAAAAGGAGAAAUGACAAUGGGGAAAGGAGAGAGAGGGGGAGGUGGGUAGUUCUGAAAAGAGGGAGACCAAAGUACGCUCUCCGCUCACAAACACAGACAUACCUCAACGCCCCCACCGCUCUCUCUCUCUCUCUCUCUCUCUCUACUGCCCACUGCUACUACUCUCCAAUAUCGUUUCUCGAGCCACCCCAUCCUGAAUUCCAAUGAAUUUCCUUGCGCUCUAGCCCUCCUCUCUCCCUAUUUUUCCCACUUCAAUUUUCAUUCGGUUUUGUUCUUCUUCCAUUUUCUGAAACUGGGUAAGAGAGAUAGAGCUCGAAAUCGUCAUGGGUCGAUCGAACGAUGCCUUUUCCUGACUCCAUUCAACGUCAUAGAACCAAACCCAUAGGGAAUUCUUCAACACAAUGAAUGCCUAGGGCUUAAAAGGUUGUUUUGUUUAGCUGGGGUUUCAUGGGUUGAACUCAAGGAAUGAUGGGUAGCUUACGUGAAGAAGAUGAAGAAUAUAGAUUCUUUGAUGCCCAUGAGGGCAAUGCGUCAACACCCAAUUGCCUUGAGUCCUUGGACUCUAGUUUUGGUGUUGAUAUUAACAUAUCAAGUAGUUUUGAAUAUGAAGUGUGGACUAGAAGCCCUCAAAGUGUUCAGGAGCGCCGGAGUAAUUUCUUGAAUUGGAUGGGGUUGAACUCGGAUCGAUUGGUGUUGCAGAAUUCAGGAGAUGAAUGCAGUGGUCUGCUCAAAGAAGGAGAGAUUGAUAGAAUUAUGAAGAAUAGUGGGGCGGUGUUGAGGACACCAAUCUUUGAGGACGAGUUUUCUUCAAGCAGAUCUUCCAUGUCAAGUUGGUCUAAUGAUGCUUCAGAUGUGUCAUCUGGCUCAGAUUUACACAGAAUUGGGAAUUUGGGAGGUGGAAUAGAGUAUAGUGCACAGGAAUUGGGGAUGGAAAGGAAGAAAAAUAAAUCUCAAGUAUUGGGUUUGGACCAAUUGGUGAUCCCUGAAGAGCUUGAGAACACUAUUGGUUCAUCUCCGGUAGUUCAGCAACAUAAACAGAGAGAAACUGAGGUUAAUAGCAAUUUAGCGAGGACUAUGAAUAGGGUUAAGAACCGGUGGCUGAGUAGAUUACGUUCCAUGACGUGCGUGGUAGAUGAUAGGCAAGGGGUAACUAAUAAUUUGAGACCCAUUCAGGGGGCUAGGGUUCAGAGGGUUAAGGUUCGCCAUUCCAGAAAGCAAUGUAAGGAACUCUCUGCUCUAUUUAUGGGACAAGAUAUCCAAGCCCAUGAAGGUUCAAUUUUGACAAUGAAAUUUAGCCUUGAUGGGCAGUACCUUGCGACUGCUGGUAAAGAUCGUAUUGUGCGUGUUUGGCAAGUGGUGGAAGAUCCAAGAUCAAAUGAAAUUGACAUUCCAGACAUCGAUCCUUCAUGCAUUUAUUUCACAGUGAAUCAUCUUUCUGAGCUUUCACCCUUCAUCGGGCAGAAAGAGAAAUUGGAUAAAUUGAAGAGCCUAAAAAAAAUGGCAGACUCAGCUUGUGUCAUCUUCCCACCGAGGGUCUUUCGGAUAUUGGAGAAGCCACUACAUCAGUUCCAUGGGCAUGGUGAUGACAUCUUAGAUCUCUCAUGGUCGAAGGCUAAUAGCCUUCUUUCAUCAUCAAUUGAUAAAACUGUUCGUUUAUGGCAAGUCGGAUGUGAGCAUUGCCUUAAAGUUUUUUCACAUAGUAAUUACGUGACAUGUGUUCAGUUUAAUCCUGUGGACAAUAAUCAGUUCAUCAGUGGUUCAAUAGAUGGAAAAGUUCGGAUUUGGGCAAUUACUGGUUGCCAAGUUGUUGAUUGGACAUAUGUAAAAGAUAUUAUCACUGCUGUGUGCUAUCGCCCUAAUGGGAAGGGUGUGAUUGUUGGCUCCAUGAAAGGCACUUGCCACUUUUAUGACAUGUCAGAUGGCCAUUUUCAGCUGGAUGCUCAGAUAGAUUUACACAGCAAGAAAAAGGCACCAUGCAAAAGGAUAACUGGCUUCCAGUUUUUCCCACAAGACCCAAGUAAGCUUAUGGUCACUUGUGCAGAUUCACAAGUCAGAAUUAUUCGCGGGUUUAAUGUUGUUGGCAAAUAUGGGGGCCUUCGUAAUACAGGAAACCGACAUUUUGCAUCUUUAACCUCAGAUGGAAAGCAUAUUGUCUCUACAUGUGAGGAUUCUAAUGUAUACAUAUGGGACUGCAUUAAUGAAGAAGAGCUUUCUCCGUCCCAACCAAAAAUGUCAAGGUCAUGGGAACGGUUCUCUACCAAUGUGUCAGUUGCCAUACCAUGGUCCGGCUUGAAAUCCGGAAAUUCAGAACCCGGAUGGCAAAUUCGCAUCUUGGACGAUGAGACUUCACCAAAUACAUUGCCUCUCUCUUCACCUCUUUGUUUCUCUCUAGGCCAAGAGUUCGUUUUAGAGUCUUUUCCCAAGGCAUCCGCAACUUGGCCCGAGGAAAAGCUGCUUAGUUCAAGCCCGCGGACUGUGUCGUCUGCAAUGCAUAAAUCCCAAUUCAAGUUUCUGAAAACAUGCCAAAGCACGUCCGGUUCUCAUGCCUGGGAUAUGGUUAUUGUUACUGCUGGUUGGGAUGGACGGAUCAGAUCGUUCCACAAUUAUGGCUUACCAGUGGUUCUUUGACGUCAUCUUCUAUCAUUGCUCUUUUAAUCUUGGUUAAUAAUUCAUUUUUAGAUUGAUUAGUUCACAAGGCACGUGCGAUGUGGACAAUGUUUUAGAAUUUUGGGUCAUGACAGGUGGCAGCAGUUUCUUGGUUGUAUUAUAAUCUGGUUGGCUUAUUUGCAUCAGGAACGCCCACGCCCAGCCUAAUUUAGGAUUCUUUAAUUGUGCAGAAAGUUGUCUGCUGGCCCGGAAAAGAAAAAGUUGAGUCACGUGUUAGGAGGGCCGAUUUGAUAUGCAUGUCUUUGCAUAAUAGAGGUGGGUCGUGGGGCUUCAUUAAACCUUUUUCAUAUGUUCUGUAAAAUGGGAUGAGAGGCUAGAGCUGGUGGUUGGAAUUUGUUUGGCCAAAAAAAUGGGGCACUUAGCCUUUUAUGGUUUGCUGGCUGGUCUGAAUGAUUGAAUCGCUUGUCUGCCAUUUGGUUUAUUUGAUUAUGGGGUCGGAGGUGGUGGUGGUGGUGAUGAUGGGGUAUUCGUCUUCUCGGUUUUGCUGGUUGCUGAGCAUUUUUACAGUCAACACUUGUGGCUUCAUUUUUGGUGGAUCGGUUCUUCAUUCUGACAAGCAAACCUUAUAUCCUGCCUGGCGUGCCGGUAAUCCUUUCUUUCACUAACAAAGUCCAUAAAUGUGAUUUUCACAUUUUGAGUUACUAGGGUUGUUAGGGAAAAAAAUUUAUAUAUUUUUAGUAUGUAAUUAAUUGCUUCUGUACACAAAUUCUCUAUUGCAUCGACAAAGAAAAAAGAAAAAAAAGAAAAAAGGCAGCACUAAUAUAUAAGAAGCGUUUUUGCCUGUGUAAAUGCUGCAGCAGAAAUGCCAAUAAAACUAACGCCUGAGAAAACAGGCUUGAGCCAUUUUCACUGUUGUGGUUUCAUGAAGA